AUGAAAGUAUCUACAGAGGUCGAAGCUCGGCCGUUGCUCAACGGAGAUGAUACACCAUCAUCAUCAGUUCCGAACAGCCCUGUUACCAACGCUAAAAAUCUCAUAAAAACCAAAGAUCGGAUUAUAGACAAUACCUCGAGGACAAAUCUCGAUGCCAUUUUGCAACAACUAGAAGAGGGAGGGGGUAGUCGGUCCCCCAGUAUAGACUUUAGUCGAGGAGAUGUGGAAUUAGGUGCUGAUAGUAACUUGAAGGAGUAUAUCUUGACUAAGAGAACAAGCAUACGAGCCAAAGUUGUGGAAAUUAAGAAUAGUCUGAUCCAUCAGAACACAGGUAUCAAGCUCAUGAUGGCGGCUCAGAUAUUUGGGUCCGGUAUGGCCGCAACCACUCGUCUGUUAGAAACCUCAACCGAACCUCCAUUCAAACCAUCUCAAGUUUUGUUUGCUCGAAUGAGUAUAACAUACGCUUGCUGUUUGGGGUAUAUGUUUUAUAAGAGAGUGCCAGAUCCUAUUCUCGGUCCAAAGGGUGUACGCUUUUUGCUGUGUUUGAGAGGAUUUUUUGGAUUUUUCGGAGUAUUUGGGUUCUAUCAUGCUCUGAUAUACCUGGACUUGUCGGAUGCCACGGUGAUUGGGUUUCUUUGUCCGUGCGUCACCGGGUUUCUAGCAUGGAUAUUUUUAGGUGAGGAAUUUGGUUCUGUCGAGAUAAAAGUGGGCAUUGCUUCGCUGUUCGGAGUUAUCGUAAUUGCUCGGCCGACAUUUUUAAUGGCAAUCUUCAGCAAUGGAGAGAGCAGUGAUACUAGUACAGGCUCGGACGGAAUCUCAUCAGCUGGUCGUUUGUUUGGAGUUGCCAUGUCUCUAGUCGGUGUUCUAGCAUCAGCAUUGACAUUUGUAGUCAUUCGAAAGAUAGGAGACCGGGCACAUUCGUUAAUGUCAGUAUCAUAUUUUGCUCUGUGGUGUGUUAUUGUGUCGAGUUUAGCACUGAUAUUCAUGCCUGGUGAGAGUCUGGUAUUGCCACAAAACAUGAAGCAGUGGGGACUCCUACUUGCGCUAGGAAUGUUUGGAUUCAUAUUCCAGUUUAUGAUGACAGCCGCCAUUCAGCGAGAGAGCGCAGCGGUUGUCACCUCAAUCAAUUAUACCGGAAUCCUGUGGGCUCUAUUAUGGGAAAGAGUAAUCUGGGGACAUGUCCCCGAUUUGUUAUCGUGGGUCGGCGGCUCAUUCAUUCUCUGUAGCGCCAUCUGGAUGGCAUAUAAAAAGUACCACAUGGCCAAAGCCAAGGAAAUCCUGAAAGAAAUCUCCGAAGACUACUCCUACGAGCUGCGAGACAACUACGAUAACGAACCAGAUGCCCAAGAAAUAAUGGUUAUAGACGAGGACGAAGACGACGAAGCCAUCGAACUCCCGGUGGCCAGCACCCUAUCUGACGUCUCACCAGCACCAAAGUCGUGA